AUGAAGGUGGCCUUCAGAUUGCUUCUCCCGCUUGUUCUUGUGCUGAUCUCGGAGGUGAGCGGGCAGCGGAGGAAGCCUCCCCGGAAACCCACCCGUCCGCCUCCCGAGUUUGUCGAGCCCGUCGAGCCCACAGAGCUGCCUCCACCCCUGCCGCCGGGUCCCCCCUCCCACAACAAUCGCAUCCGGAAGGUGGACAGGGAGGUCCUGGAGAAGCUGGAAAACCUCAUCUUCCUCUACAUGGAGAAGAACCAGCUCAAGGAGGUGCCUGCCUUCCUGCCACCCAACCUGGAGCAGCUGCGUCUGAGCAGGAACCAGAUCUCCAAGAUCCCUGCUGGGGUCUUCAACAAGCUGGAGAACCUGGUGCUCUUGGACCUGCAUCACAACAAGCUAAGCGAUGGGGUCUUCAACAAAAAUACCUUCAAGGGACUCAAGAACCUCAUGCAACUCAACCUCGCCCACAACAUCCUGAGGAAAAUGCCCCCCGGGGUGCCCAGUGCCAUCCACCAGCUCUUCCUGGACAGGAACAACAUUGAAGACAUCCCCAGUGACUACUUCAAGGAGUUCCCCAACUUGGCAUUCAUCCGGCUCAACUACAACCAGAUCUCUGACAAGGGGCUGCCCAAGAACUCCUUCAACCUCACCAACCUGCUGGUGUUGCACCUGGCCCACAACAAGCUCACCAAUGUCCCUUUCAUCAGCCCCAAGCUGGAGCACCUCUACCUGAAUAACAACUCCAUCGAAAAAAUCAAUGGGACGCAGAUCUGCCCCACCUCGCUGAUGUCCAUCCAAGACUUCUCCCCCUCCGACCUGGACAGCGUGCCCCGGCUCCGGUACCUGCGGCUGGAUGGGAACCUCCUGAAGCCCCCCAUCCCCUUGGACCUGAUGAUGUGUUUCCGCCUCCUCCAGUCCGUGGUUUUCUAGCCCUGCCCGGCAGCGUGCUUCUCCCAGGACUUGGCUUUGCACAGAGACUCAACCCCGUUGGUGUUUGACGCGUGGGACCCUCUUUGCCUCCCUCUCCCCCUGCUCGCGCCC